AUGUUUGGGAUUCAGGAGAAUAUUCCGCGCGGGGGGACGACCAUGAAGGAGGAGCCGCUGGGCAGCGGCAUGAACCCGGUGCGCUCGUGGAUGCACACGGCGGGGGUGGUGGACGCCAACACGGCCGCCCAGAGCGGCGUGGGGCUGGCGCGGGCGCACUUCGAGAAGCAGCCGCCUUCCAACCUCCGGAAGUCCAAUUUCUUCCACUUCGUGCUGGCGCUCUACGACAGGCAGGGGCAGCCGGUGGAGAUCGAAAGGACCGCUUUUGUGGACUUUGUGGAGAAAGAGAAAGAGCCCAACAACGAGAAAACCAACAACGGCAUCCACUAUAAACUCCAGUUGCUGUAUAGCAACGGAGUCAGAACGGAGCAGGAUCUGUAUGUUCGCCUCAUAGAUUCAAUGACCAAACAGGCCAUCGUGUACGAGGGCCAGGACAAGAACCCGGAGAUGUGUCGCGUGCUGCUGACCCACGAGAUAAUGUGCAGCCGGUGCUGUGACAAGAAAAGUUGUGGCAACAGAAACGAAACGCCCUCAGACCCUGUAAUCAUUGACAGAUUCUUUCUAAAGUUUUUCCUCAAGUGCAAUCAGAACUGUUUGAAGAAUGCAGGCAACCCUCGAGAUAUGCGGAGAUUCCAGGUUGUUGUGUCGACAACAGUCAACGUGGACGGCCACGUGCUGGCCGUGUCUGACAACAUGUUUGUGCACAACAAUUCCAAACACGGGCGGCGGGCCCGCCGCCUAGACCCGUCAGAAGGUACGGCCCCUUCUUAUCUGGAAAAUGCCACUCCGUGCAUCAAGGCCAUCAGCCCCAGCGAAGGCUGGACCACGGGGGGAGCCACCGUGAUCAUAAUCGGAGACAACUUCUUCGACGGCCUGCAAGUCGUGUUCGGAACCAUGUUGGUGUGGAGCGAGCUCAUCACUCCCCAUGCCAUCCGGGUGCAGACCCCGCCGCGGCACAUUCCUGGAGUCGUUGAAGUCACCCUGUCCUACAAAUCUAAGCAGUUCUGUAAAGGUGCUCCUGGGCGGUUUGUCUACACUGCCCUUAAUGAACCAACCAUAGAUUACGGCUUUCAGAGGUUGCAGAAAGUGAUCCCAAGACAUCCGGGUGAUCCCGAAAGGUUACCCAAGGAAGUAUUACUUAAGAGGGCGGCCGAUCUGGUGGAAGCCUUAUACGGGAUGCCCCACAACAACCAGGAGAUCAUCCUGAAGCGAGCGGCUGACAUUGCCGAGGCCUUGUACAGCGUGCCCCGCAACCACAACCAGAUCCCCACCCUGGGCAACACCCCCGCGCACACGGGCAUGAUGGGCGUGAACUCCUUCAGCAGCCAGCUAGCCGUCAACGUGUCCGAGACCUCGCAGGCCAACGACCAAGUCGGCUACAGUCGCAAUACCAGCAGCGUGUCCCCGCGAGGCUACGUCCCCAGCAGUACUCCCCAGCAGUCCAAUUACAACACAGUCAGCACUAGCAUGAAUGGAUAUGGAAGUGGCGCCAUGGCCAAUCUAGGGGUCCCGGGCUCGCCUGGAUUUCUUAAUGGCUCUUCCGCCAACUCUCCCUACGGCAUAGUACCGUCCAGCCCCACCAUGGCAGCCUCUUCGGUCACCCUCCCUUCAAACUGUAGCGGCACACACAGCAUUUUCUCAUUCUCACCUGCCAAUGUCAUCUCUGCAGUGAAACAAAAGAGCGCCUUCGCGCCCGUGGUCCGGCCCCAAGCUUCUCCUCCUCCCUCCUGCACCAGCGCCAACGGGAACGGACUCCAAGGCUCUCUGCUGGGUGCUGAGGACGUUACCGUGGAGAAGACAAACUGGCCCUUUUGUGAAGUCGGUGGCAUAUUUCACUUUGAUGAACUAAUGCUCAAAAAAGGAACUGGAAAGCUAUGUCUGGGCUGGUAG